AUGCCCAAUCCCAUCCUUCAUCUAGAAAAUCUUUGGAAUCUCUCUUUCUCUCUCUCUCUCAUUUUGCCUCUCUCUCUUUCUCUCUUUCUUUUGUUUCUCUCUUUUUUUCUCUCUCUUUCUCUCUCUCUCGUUUACUUUAUCUCCCUCUCUCUCUCUCUUUCUCUCUAUCUUUCUCACUUUCUCUCUUUUUUUACUUUCUGUCUAUUAUUCUCUCUCUCUCUUAUUCUCUCUCUCUCUCUCUCUCUCUCUCUCUCAGCUCUUUUUUUCCCUUUCAUAUCUUUAUUUCUAUCUUCUUGUUCUCAUCACCCUUUUCUUUCAAUCAGUUAUUUUCUGUCAUUUCCUUCUUUUUGUGAUUCUUUCUGUAUCAUUUGGUUUCCAUCUUUCAUCCCUCUUUUCAUUCACUACUUUUUCUUUCUUACUUUCUUUCUUUCUUUCUUUCUUUCUUCUAUGAUUUUUUUAAUUAUCUUUUUCUUUCCUUUCUCUUCUGCUGCUUUUCUUUCUCUCUCUUCUCUGUCUAUAUUCAGCCUGUAUUUCUUUCUUCAUCUUCAUUCUACUUUUUUCAUUAUGCUUUUCAUUCUUCAAUCUGGUUUUCUUUCUUCAGGUUUUCUUUCUUCAUUCUGUGUAGUCUAUUGA